AUGUCUCUCCCCUGCUCCUCCUCCUGUCUCUCCCCUGCUCAUCCUCCUGUCUCUCCCCUGCUCAUCCUGUCUCUCCCCUGCUUAUCCUCCUGUCUCUCCCCUGCUCCUCCUGUCUCUCCCCUGCUCCUCCUGUCUCUCCCCUGCUCAUCCUCCUGUCUCUCCCCUGCUCCUCCUCCUGUCUCUCCCCUGCUCAUCCUCCUGUCUCUCCCCUGCUCCUCCUCCUGUCUCUCCCCUGCUCAUCCUCCUGUCUCUCCCCUGCUCAUCCUCCUGUCUCUCCCCUGCUCAUCCUCCUGUCUCUCCCCUGCUCCUCCUGUCUCUCCCCUGCUCCUCCUCCUGUCUCUCCCCUGCUCAUCUUGUCUCUCCCCUGCUCCUCCUGCUGUGUCUCCCCUGCUCACCCUCCUGUCUCUCCCCUGCUCCUCCUGUCUCUCCCCUGCUCAUCCUCCUGUCUCUCCGCUGCUCAUCCUCCUGUCUCUCCCCUGCUCCUCCUGUCUCUCCCCUGCUCAUCCUCCUGUCUCUCCCCUGCUCAUCCUGUCUCUCCCCUGCUCCUCCUCCUGUCUCUCCCCUGCUCCUCCUGUCUCUCCCCUGCUCCUCCUCUUGUCUCUCCCCUGCUCAUCCUCCUGUCUCUCCCCUGCUCCUCCUCCUGUCUCUCCCCUGCUCCUCCUGUCUCUCCCCUGCUCCUCCUGUCUCUCCCCUGCUCCUCCUGUCUCUCCCCUGCUCCUCCUGUCUCUCCCCUGCUCAUCCUCCUGUCUCUCCCCUGCUCCUCCUGUCUCUCCCCUGCUCCUCCUCCUGUCUCUCCCCUGCUCCUCCUGUCUCUCCCCUGCUCCUCCUGUCUCUCCCCUGCUCCUCAUGUCUCUCCCCUGCUCCUCCUCCUGUCUCUCCCCUGCUCAUCCUCCUGUCUCUCCCCUGCUCAUCCUCCUGUCUCUCCCCUGCUCCUCCUCCUGUCUCUCCCCUGCUCAUCCUCCUGUCUCUCCCCUGCUCCUCCUCCUGUCUCUCCCCUGCUCCUCCUCCUGUCUCUCCCCUGCUCAUCCUCCUGUCUCUCCCCUGCUCAUCCUCCUGUCUCUCCCCUGCUCCUCCUGUCUCUCCCUUGCUCCUCCUGUCUCUCCCCUGCUCAUCCUCCUGUCUCUCCCUUGCUCCUCCUGUCUCUCCCCUGCUAACCCUCCUGUCUCUCCCCUGCUCAUCCUCCUGUCUCUCCCCUGCUCCUUCUCCUGUCUCUCCCCUGCUCCUCCUGUCUCUCGCCUGCUCCUUCUCCUGUCUCUCCCCUGCUCCUCCUGUCUCUCCCCUGCUCACCCUCCUGUCUCUCCCCUGCUCAUCCUCCUGUCAUCUCCCCUGCUCCUCCUCCUGUCUCUCCCCUGCUCAUCCUCCUGUCUCUCCCCUGCUCACCCUCCUGUCUCUCCCCUGCUCCUCCUCCUGUCUCUCCCCUGCUCAUCCUCCUGUCUCUCCCCUGCUCCUCCUCCUGUCUCUCCCCUGCUCAUCCUCCUGUCUCUCCCCUGCUCCUCCUGUCUCUCCCCUGCUCCUCCUGUCUCUCCCCUGCUCCUCCUCCUGUCUCUCCCCUGCUCCUCCUGUCUCUCCCCUGCUCCUCCUGUCUCUCCCUUGCUCAUCCUCCUGUCUCUCCCCUGCUCCUCCUCCUGUCUCUCCCCUGCUCAUCCUCCUGUCUCUCCCCUGCUCCUCCUGUCUCUCCCCUGCUCAUCCUCCUGUCUCUCCCCUGCUCAUCCUCCUGUCUCUCCCCUGCUCCUCCUGUCUCUCCCCUGCUCCUCCUGUCUCUCCCCUGCUCCUCCUCCUGUCUCUCCCCUGCUCCUCCUGUCUCUCCCCUGUUCCUCCUCCUGUCUCUCCCCUGCUCCUCCUGUCUCUCCCUUGCUCCUCCUCCUGUCUCUCCCCUGCUCCUCCUGUCUCUCCCCUGCUCAUCCUCCUGUCUCUCCCCUGCUCAUCCUCCUGUCUCUCCCCUGCUCAUCCUCCUGUCUCUCCCCUGCUUCUCCUGUGUCUCCCCUGCUCCUCCUGUCUCUCCACUGCUCCUCCUCCUGUCUCUUCCUUGCUCCUCCUGUCUCUCCCCUGCUCCUCCUGUCUCUCCCCUGCUAA